UUCCCUGAUGAUCCAAUGAGACAAUUCAAGGGUCAACCAUUUGGUACAAAAAUAGUCCUUGCUGCUCAUUAUGUGUUCCCUAUUCUUCAAUGGCUCCCUCAAUAUAGCCUCAAACUCUUUAAAUCUGACAUUAUUUCUGGUAUCACCAUUGCUAGCCUUUCAAUCCCUCAGGGGAUUAGUUAUGCUAAGCUUGCAAGUUUACCUCCAAGUUUUGGACUUUAUUCUAGUUUUGUUCCCCCACUUGUGUAUGCUGUUCUUGGAAGCUCAAAGGACCUUGCAAUUGGUCCAGCAGCUAUUACUUCUCUUGUGUUAAGAUCCAUGCUUACGCAACGAGUGUCUCCCACAUCACAACCUCAUCUCUAUCUUCAGCUUGCUUUUACUUCCACUCUUGUUACUGGUGUCUUUCAGGCAGCUCUUGGUAUUCUAAGGCUUGGAUUUAUCAUUGACUUUCUAUCAAAGGCCAUACUUGUCGGAUUCAUGGCUGGAGUUGCUGUAAUUGUAUCUCUGCAGCAGCUUAAGAGUCUUCUUGGAAUCACAAAUUUCACCAAAAAGAUGACCAUCGUUGAUGUAUUGAGUUCUGUUUUUAGCAAUAUUCACGAGUGGUCUUGGCAAACAAUAGUAAUGGGCGCUGGCUUCUUGAUUCUACUACUACUAGCAAGGCNAUUGAGCUUAAAGAAGCCAAAAUAUUUCUGGGUCUCAGCUGGAGCUCCUCUUCUGUCAGUAAUAAUCGCAACUGCCAUACUUUUUGCAAUUAGGGGUAAACAUCCUGCCAUUGUUGUUAUUGGAAAGCUUCCAGAAGGAGUAAAUCCUCCUUCAGUAAAGAUGUUGUAUUUCGAAGCAACUCAUUUAGGACUGGUCAUUAAAACUGGGAUCAUUGUUGGUAUUUUAUCCCUCACUGAAUCUAUUGCAGUUGGAAGAACAUUUGCAGCUAUAAGAAAAUACAAAGUGGAUGGUAAUAAGGAAAUGAUAGCUAUUGGGUUGAUGAAUGUAAUAGGAUCCACCACAUCAUGUUUUGUUACAACAGGAUCAUUCUCUAGGACGGCUGUGAACCACAACGCAGGGGCAAAAACAGCGAUGUCGAACGUAGUUAUGUCGGUGGCAGUGUUGGUGACACUCUUGUUUCUGAUGCCAUUAUUGCAUUACACACCGCAUGUGGUGUUGGGUGCAAUCAUAGUAACAGCAGUCAUUGGCUUUGUUGAUAUACCUGCUGCUUACCGUAUUUGGAAGAUUGACAAAUUCGAUUUCGUUGUCAUGUUGACUGCAUUCUUCGGUGUCAUUUUUAUCUCAGUUGAGUAUGGCCUAGCUCUUGCUGUUGGUUUAUCAAUCUUAAGGAUCCUAUUGCAAAUUACAAGACCAAAAACAGUAAUGUUGGGGAACAUACCAGGGACAAGAUUGUAUCGAGAUCUUCACCAUUAUAACCAAGCUACAAGAAUUCCUGGUUUUCUCAUUUUAAGCAUAGAAGCUCCCAUCAACUUUGCCAACAUCACCUAUCUCCAACAAAGGACUUUGCGAUGGAUUGAAGAAGAAGAAGAAAGCAUGAAGGAUAACUCAGUUUUUCAGUUUGUGAUAUUGGAGAUGUCAGCUGUGAGCAACAUAGAUACAAGCGGAGUCUCACUUUUUCAAGAGCUGAAAUCAGCAUUGGAAACCAAGGAUAUUAAGCUAGCAUUGGUGAAUCCUCUUGCUGAAGUGAUAGAAAAGCUGACAAAGGCAGAUGAAUCUGACAGCUUCAUUAGAGAAGAAUACCUCUUCUUGUCUGUUGGAGAGGCUGUUAGAAAACUUUCAUCAAUAAUGGAGAACCCCCCUUCAGUCACCAUGCAACAAGAGCAGCCACCUUACAUGUCCCCUCCAACAGAACUCCCAGUAGAGUCGCCUGAAUACUCUAACAACGUUUAACUGCGUAGUGAACUGUGGAAAAUUG